CGCGCGAAGAGGUGCCGCUCCGAUAUUCCAUCCGUCUCGCAAACACGCACCCACCGCGAGCCUUCUCCAGCUGUCAUUACUCAAUUCCCAACAAUUAAAAUCCGAAUUUAAAAAAAUUGCAAAAGUUGGAAGGGCCAGUAGGAGAAAAAAAUCACCGACAGACUGAUCACGUACCCAGUGUUUAUAAAUAAAUUGACAUUAAUCUGGUGGCAUCAGUGGACGAAGAGGAUAAUUAAUUUUUUUUCGUAACAAUGGCGAUUAGUACAGUGGAUGGACGAGUAAAUGUGUAAAGCAAUAGUCCCCGUUAUCCAUGUAUCUGUGACAUUAUGAUAGGACCGGUGCUGGGAGACAGGAAGGGAUCGUCGUAGGGGGAGAUAUUAGUAACAGUGCGUGUAUAUUCUACCACAUCAAGCUUUAAUCGUAAAGCACCCAAGGUGGCACAGAUUGAGAGAGACCCCAUCAGCAACACAUCCUCUUUUGUCGGCUACAUCAGGAUUCUGUGAUUUUUCGUCGUCACGAAUUAUCGUUUUCCAUCAUUCAUUGAAGAUCAAUGUGUGGGCAAUGGGUGCUGUGUGUUUACCUGACCAGUGAAUUUGUGGAAACAGUGAGAGUCAGCGCACGGGGGGAAGGAAGAAUUUGACAUUAUUUUUUUUUCAACUCAUCGAUACGAGAGCAGUUUACGGGACCCCUGUUGCAGAAGGGACAGCUCUUCAUACUCUUCGCCGCUCGCCCACUUCCGACACACCGGAAGUAGAUACAUGUGAACGGUUCCAGCGGAAUUGCAUACGAUACAUUUCGAUCAUUGGGAGGAAUUAAUUUGAAUCAAAUAUGGAAGUUGCGUCAGAAUUAUCACCACUUUCGGGAAGUGACUCAGCGAAGCCCGUUGAGAGGAGCUCGUACUACCCCCAAGAGCCCAGCAAAAGGCCACAAACUAGACGACAGCGAAUCACAUCAUGCCUGUCCCACAAUGCCCUGACGAUGCUGACCAUCUUUGGUGUCAUCGGAGGAAUUGUCCUUGGAAUCUGUCUGAAAGGGGUUGGUAAAUGGUCUCCCCGGGAAAUCAUGUAUGUCAACUACGCGGGUGAACUAUUCCUCAGGAUGCUCAAGAGUUUGAUUCUACCCCUCAUUAUCUCGAGUCUCGUCUCAGCGAUUGGAUCACUCGAUCUGUCGUUGAGUGGGAAGAUCGGGGCCCGUGCCAUUACGUAUUACAUGGUUACAACUGUCAGUGCAGUCAUUCUGGGCAUCAUUCUGGUCAUGUCGAUUCAACCUGGCACGCUAUCCAAAGGAGAGGACAUGAAGAGCAGUGAAAUGGCCAAGAGUGUCAACACUGCUGACACCCUGAUGGAUUUAGUCAGAAAUAUGUUCCCUCCGAAUUUGGUGCAGGCCUGUAUCUCACAGUAUAGAACUGUACUUACGAAAAGCGCCAAUGAUACGGAGGACAAUAACACGUGGGCCAUCAGCGGCGAGGACACAUCAGGUAUGAAUAUCCUGGGCCUCGUUGUGUUUGCGACGGUCCUUGGAAUUACUCUCGGGAAAAUGGGACCCGAUGGCAAACCUCUGCUCAAUUUCUUCGAGGCAUUGUCCUCCGCCAUGAUGAUCAUCACCAACUGGGUCAUCUGGCUGUCCCCCCUCGGUGUCCUCUUCUUGGUGACCUCAAAAGUCCUAGAGAUGCAGACAUUCGACGAAGUAUUGAGUCAACUGGGAAUGUAUUUCCUCACCGUUAUAAUAGGUCUCUUUAUCCACGGCUUCUUCGUACUGCCACUCAUAUUCUACAUCUUCACGAGGAAAAAUCCCUUCAGAUACGUUUACAAUAUGGCCCAAGCAAUUGCCACUGCAUUCGGCACAUCAUCGAGCUCGGCAACACUCCCAAUUGCCAUUGGAUGCCUCGAGGAGAGAAAUGGAAUCGAUCCCAGAGUCGCACGUUUUGUCAUGCCAAUUGGUGCCACUAUCAACAUGGAUGGUACAGCUCUUUACGAGGCUGUUGCAGCGAUUUUCAUCGCUCAGGUUCGCAAAGUACCUCUGUCAUUUGGACAACUGGCGGCUGUGAGCAUUACUGCGACUGCAGCUAGUAUUGGCGCUGCUGGCAUCCCUCAGGCUGGACUGGUGACGAUGGUUAUGGUCCUGGAUACUGUCGGUCUUCCUGCUAAUGAUGUCACUCUUAUUAUUGCCAUCGAUUGGUUAUUGGAUCGCUUCAGAACAUCAGUGAACGUUGUCGGCGACUCUCUGGGCGCUGGUAUCGUCAAUUACCUGAGUAAAAAUGAACUAGCAGCAAUGCCCUACCACGUUCAAUCGCAAAACGGUGCCGAUCGUCAUACAACGUCGAUAUGAACAGAUCGACCCGCACACCAACGACAAUAAUUGUCUCUCCAGGCAACUGGCGGGCGUUAACGAGAUUAAGAAGAUAAACCAAACGAGAGAAUAUUAAAAAAAAAACAAAAAAAUAAAACAAAACAAAUGUAUGUAAUAGAGGUAUUAAUCCUCUACGGGUACACUGGGGUUACUCACCACCCCAUCCUAUUUUCUCUCGAGUGUUAUUCCUAGGCCAGUACACCCCGUGGUAUUUAUCCAACACAGUAAUUUUGUUGAGAGGUACAAGUGACCCAGCAGAAUCCACAAUUUGUGUUAAGUGUAGGUUGGCAAAGUUUUUCGUGUCAAUUGUUCGUGUUUUCACGCUCACGCUGCUUCAUCAUUUACAAAUCAACUUCGUUCAUUCCUCAAUCUCGAGUAUGGAGUCUAGACGAAAAUACCAUUCGAUUUUUUCUACUGAGUUCAAUAGAAAAAAAUUCAAAGUUUUUCAGACGUAAAAUUUUUCCAGAUUUUUGACAAUUGUUCAAGUGUUUGAAUAGUAUAUUAUAUUACUAGUGCGUAAAGAUCCAUUUUUUCGCACGCAAGCGCAACACAUCCUAUUUUUUGUGAUACCUGCCGCGUUCACUGUUCGGAACUGUAGUGGAGGUAAAGUGGUUGUUCUUGUGAACGAGUGCGUAAAGUGAACUUUACGCACGCCGUGCGAAAAACAACCGGUUUACGUACGCUAAACCGUUUCGAAAAGGGCAUUUUUCAGGCAGGUAUCACAAAAUAGUAGCGGAAUCCGGGGCAACAUGAAAUGGUGGGGCAAAAUAGAAUGCGGGGCAAAAUGAAAUAAUGUGGAAAACGCAUCACUCACACGAUUUGGGGGAUUUUUUGCUCUAUUUCACUUCGAGAGUAACAGAGUGAGCUUAGGUUACGCGGUUUUUUAUUUCCAUUUGGAUGGAAUUUUCUCCUUGGGAUUUCUAUCUGCGGAAGUACUGUUGAUGAUCAUUUUUUCGAUACUGAAUAUGUCCUCUCCAUAAAUUUUUUACACGAAAAACCUCCCUCACAUGUGUUCUACUGUUAUCCAGAAUAUAACAAACAACUCACAGCGGAUAUUUACAUGAGCAGAGCGCAUAUGCGCUAGUGCAAAAGUGUUAUAGUUUACAUUUGUUAAUUGAUUCGUACGUUAAUUUGUUCGUAGUAUUUUCUGUUUAAUGAACAAUAAACGAAAUGAGUUGAGAAUAUUUUUUUUUUUUAUGCUUAUUUUAUAUCGCUUCGAGUCUGAUGAGACUAUAUGG